GAGGAUUGCCCCAUCUCCCCUUGUCUCGCUUUUUCGAUUCUCUCAGAUUCCGUUCCCAUUUCCUCGGCGUUCGCCGGCUUAAACCUUCGUCGUUCCGUUUCUAUCUUCGGUUAUUUUAUCGCCGGCUUCUAGAUUCUGAAGUUGAACUCCGCAAUUUCACUUUCUUGGGAAAAUUUCCUCCUCUACGAUUUCUCGAAGUGAUGUUCUAGGUUUUCGAGGAGGUGAUAAUGAUGCUUAUUGUCGUUGUUGAUUACCUUGAGUUGUCAGCGACAAUUUUUCUCCGGUUGAUAUCGUAGGGUCUGUUCCUUCGAAUUUUCAAUGUCAGAAGCUUCUCGGCCGAGUAGGAUCACCAUUACCUUGGGACGUAGCGGUCAGGUAAUAAAGCGAGCAGGAGCAGAAUUAGAUGACGAUGGCAAAUCCUAUGAGCAUCCAAGAGCUGGAACCAAGCGACCUGUAAGAGAGAGAUUAGGAAGUCGAUUAGAUAGUUCUUCUUUGCAUGGAAGCGAUGUCAGCAACAAAAGGCAAAGAGGAGAUGCAAGUUUCGGUGCUGAUGGUUUGCAGAUCGGUAAAGAUGAUCUCCGACUCAAACUGAUGCGAAAAAAUGCCCAGAGACGAGCUCAGAGAGAUGACUGCAGCUCUAUGGAUCUUCGUGCAAAGAUCUCCAGGACUGAGCAGCCUUCACGUAAUUUUGAUACUCGACCUCGUAUGGAUGAGCCCAGGGAUGUUAGUGGGCACAGUCUGUUACCUCCUUCAAGACCUGCAAACAGUUUCUCUCAGAUGGGUUCCACAAGCAAUUCCUUUUCUCCCUGGACCUUGAAUCACAUGCAAGGUAGGUCUCCCCAGAGGUUUGUGGGUACUUCCAGGGACAUGUCACCACCGAGGAAUGGUGGAAGCUUCAUCGGAAGUUCUAGGAGACUAUCACCACCAAGGAAUGGAGGAGGCUUCAUGGGUGGUUCUAGGGCUCUGUCCCCAACACGGAAUGCUGCAAGCUACAUGAAUGCUCCUAGGGUUUUAUCCCCUCCUAGGAAUGCUGGAAACUACAUGGGUUCUUCUCGGGUUUCUUCACCACCUAGGAACAUUAAGGAUUUCGGUGGACGACCCUUGAGCGGGGUAUUUGAUGAUGUAAGAGCAUCACCUUAUACUGUCAAGGGUGUAUUAAAUGCUCAACCACCAGUAAUCAGUGCUCCUUACCCAGCAAGGAUGCAUCUACCUCCUUCAGCUGCCAAGCCUCCACUGCCUGCAUUUUCGGCCCAGAUUCCUCCACCUGGUAGCGCUCUUCAGAAGACUCCCUUCACUGUGGAGGAGCAUCAAACAGUUGAUAGCCUUUUAAAUUCACUUGGGCUUGGAAAAUAUGCAGUUCUCUUUAAGGCUGAGGAAGUGGAUAUGGCGGCACUGAGGCAGAUGGGGGAAAGCGAUCUAAAGGAUCUCACAAUACCUAUGGGUCCUAGGAAGAAGAUACUUGAGGCUUUAGCUUCACGUCCCAAACGGCCAUGAAGCUUCCUUUCAUUCUCAGG